GUCAAUCUGCUGACAAACAAAAUUGCAAUUUUGUGUUUUUAUUUUAGAGAAGGAAAAGUAAUCAACAAAACACAUUAUCCAAAUGAUUGCGUACUAAGAAUUAAUAGUUUAACUGACGUGUUGCUUCUGUUCAGCAAUAGCUUCUGUAGUCAUUGGAAUUGUUCUUGGGUGUAGUCAAGAUUCUUUACUGAACAUAUUUUUUGUGCGGGGAUUUUUCCUUCAAAUGAUAUUUCCGCAAAAUGGAUCCACAGAAAACACCAAAGAAUUCCAAACCAUCCGGAAGCAGUAUUCCCCUCACAAUUCGUUUCAAUGCAAACGAGGAGAGUAUCUCGGAGUUCCUGAAGCCCGACGAGAGUCAUUCCGGCAGUAGCCCCCAUAGUGACGAAAAUAGCUGGCGCCGAGACUUUCUGCAGGGCAGCUUCUUCCAUCGCAAGCGCUCAGGCAGUCCCGAUGGCCAGAAUACGGGGCUCCUGUCUUCAUCCGAGGGUAACACCUGGAAGCUAAUUAAGGGCAAGGUUACACAAGCCAUGGAGGACAUAAAGGCCCCGAGACAAGAGAACCCACCGAAAUUUCCCAAUGACGCUACUGGUGAUGAUUUAGAGUCGGAUUUAGAUUCCAUGACCAUCAACAGUUCUGUGAGUGAGGAAUUUUGCGAAGCGCAAACUUCGAGUGAUUUUGGGCGAAUUUAUGCGAAUAAAACCAACGAAUCUGACAGCGAAAACGAUGUGGAUUCAGAGAUACUUAGCCUCGAUCAGGAACUACUAGCGUCCGGUAAGCACUCUCCCGCAUCCAGUGCCAAGAUGUCCUCAAAUAGCUCAUCAAAGUCAGGCAGGCAAUCCCUGAUGGCGAAAUUCAAUAGAAGUAAACGCGGAGAUGAACCCUCAUCGUUGUCCUUCUUGCGGCGUCGAACGAAAGCAGAGCCAGUUGUUGUGAAGGUUGACAAGCCCACGGUGGAGAUUGAAUCUGGUGUUGAGGUGCUGGAGGAUAUGAUUCUGCCGUCGGAACAAGGUGGUGAGUUGCCGCAGCCACAGGAAGUCCCGCCAAGUCAUCAACUAAACUCACCGGUAAUCACUAAUGAAGACACAACCACGAAUGCAGUACCACCGCCCAAAGUAGUGCCAAUGAGGGAGGAGAUUGCUCCCGCGAGAGGGGAAUUACUCAAGACGUUCCUAGCACACAUGUACGCCCAGCGCAACUUCACGAUCGGCUGUGGUAUGCUCAUUGUGUGUCUCUUGGCUCCCAUCCCGCCAUUCAUGCAGGGCGUCCUGGCGUGCCUGUUCGCCAUGCUCUUUCUCACCACGCUCUAUGACAUCGCCGUGGAGCUCAUGAGCAAGUCACUGGCCAAGAGUGGCGGACCCGAGAGGGGUGACUUUGCCAUUCCCGACUUUGAGACAAUGCCAAUUUGCCAAGUUCCCGCAGUUGAGGAACAUAAAUCUCUCAAAACAUACACGGGUUGGAUGAAUGAGAUAAACAACUACGAUCCAGUCAACUAUCACAUUUCCAUGACAAGGAGUGUUUACGUGAAGCUCGAUGGAUCCACCCUGAGGAUUUCAAAUGUAGCUGAUCGCGUACCAAAGCGAUCAAUGUGGAAUGAGGUGCCAAUUGACAAGAAUUCAAUCACAUUCACAAAGCAUCGCUUCUACAAUCUCCUCGGGUGUCGCAUUGAGAUGUGCCCCAAAGGGUUGGCAAGGAAGCGCUACUACAGUCGAAAGUACCCAAUUCAGUUGACAAUAUCGCAAUCUAAGGUGGAGCAGGGACCAGAAAACUGCCCAGAAAAGGAAACAAACGGCGUGGAGGGGCUAAGUGAUAGAGAUUUGAAUCUCAAUCACUUUGCUGCGUGUGAGAAUGGUGAGGAAAAGGUACAAAAGCAAGUCAAUGAUGCCACCUACAAUGAUCUUGGGAGUACAAUAAUGAAUUUCAAUGUGGAUUCUGUGACUCAAAUGAAUGAGCAGGGAGACACGGGCUUGAGGGAGGAUCCACCCUGUGGUGAUGACGUACGGUUGCUGCUGUUUGCACGAUGUGAUCGUGAGAAGGAGGACUGGUUUAGACGAUUUACUGCCGCAAGUGUGGGAUUAAUUGUUGAUUCUGAUUGCCACAUUCCGGAUAUGGUUAUGCUCUCUGACGAGGAGGUGGUUAGCAUCAAACUAUCCAGCUAUUUGGAUUUGCAUCAGCCCGUAGAGGGCGAAGAAAAACCCAAUGGAACCGAGAUUGCUAAAACUCCAGAGAAGAGUGCAAAGGACAACGAAGGAGGUGGGGAAAGCAAGAGGAGUAGCAUGGAGUCGAUAUUUGAGGGACUUUUGAUAACAACUUGUGCAACCCGUGGACCUGUUGAUUAUCUUAAAUUCAUGUCCAAGUAUCAGCAAGCUUGUUCCCUAAGUAAAACACCCACUUAUCGCCCCUCUUUAGACACAAGUACCAAAAAAAACCGCCGUGAGAGGAAGGAAGAUGAACUGUGGAAGGGUAUCGAUCAGAGUCUCUUUCUCGGUCCAUCGGGGAGUGUUGUGUGGGCCAAUGUUCUCGUGGGGAGAAUCCUGUACAGUUGCCUCACGGAUGCAGUUCUGCAGGAAAAAAUUCAGGACUUCCUCCAGAAGAAGUUGAGCGCAAUAAAACUCCCGAGUUUCAUGGAGGACGUCAAUAUUGCUCAAAUCUAUUUGGGGGACAAACCACCGCUCAUUCACAAAGUAUCCCAACCGCUUUUGGACGAACGGGGGACGUGGAUAGAUGCUGACGUCACGUAUGAAGGACUCAUGCACAUGACAAUCACCACAAAACUCAAUUUACUGCGCCUGAAGCGACAGCAACAGAAUUCAGGCGGGGACAUUGGGGUAAUUGUACCGGAUUCAAUUGGACUGACAAAUGGAUCGUGUGCAAUCUACGAUAGUGAUGCCGAGAGUACGGGUGGAUCGAGUUCGGAGUCAGAGAGUCAGGCACCACUGAAGACCGAAAAUAUCGACACUCAAGCAUUCUAUGCGUCCUCAUCCGGUAGCAGUAGGAAGUUUCUGCGAAUUGUCGAUCGGAUUACUGCAUCAAAUCUCUUCCAGUCCGCCACGGAGAUCUCCUACAUUCAGCGAGCCAUGGAGAAUAUGAGCACAAAACUCACGCUCAGGGUUGAACUGAAGGGUCUCGUGGCGCGUGUGAGUGUUAAUCUGCCACCACCGCCAUCCGAUAGGAUUUGGAUUGGUUUCCGUGGGCCACCGCGUAUGUGGAUAACGGCUAAACCCACCGUGGGUGAUCAUACAUUCGAUUGGAGUAUUGUUACGAAUAUUAUUGAGAGUAAACUGUGCGAGGAAGUUUACAAGUAUCUCGUGUACCCAAACAUGGUGGAUAUUAUUGUACCCUUCCUCGGGCAGUCAACCUAUCAGGAAAUCAUCCUUCCCCUCCUCAAAAAAAGUGAAGCGAAGGAAAAUAAAAGAAAAGAAAAUACUUGCACUUGGAUCUAAGAGUGAGUGCAUUAGAUAAAAAUUUGUAGCUAUUUUGUGAAUACUGAAAUGGCAUAUUUGCCACUGGUGUGUAAUAAAAGGAAAAAAAAUGAAGAAAUAUCAUGAUAAACAAAAACUGUGGCUGUAAGUGUUUUUUGAAACGUUAUUGUUGAUAGAAAUAUUAUAUAAUAUAUUUACCCUUCAUAUUAUUUUUUCCAUUUACAUCAACUUUCUUUCUCAUGUGAUUUUCAUCAUUAAGUAGUCAAAAAAAAAAGAGUUAGAUCAUUUCCCUUUGUAAGUUACCUUGUAUUUCCUUUUCUUUUAAGUUAAAUACAUUAUUUGCAAUAUU